AUGCAAGACUGGGUCGCUCUCCAUCGGAUUCCUCCACCUGCCGCCCUGCUCGUCUCUUGUGUUGUUUGUCGCUGCUCUACUCUUGUCACUCUGUUCUGCAACGUCUGCUCUGCACCUCGCUCUCUCGUUUCCAUUAGCCCUUUUGUCUCUGUCUUCGAGGUCUCCAUCUGUACCAAGGUUGUCUCAUACGUAGUCAGUCUGUCGAUACCUGUAUUACAUACUAUGUUCAUAUCCCCAUUGAGCUACAAGUGUAUGGAUCAAGUAAGGUGCCUUGAUAGGCGGAUAUUUUGCUUUCUCUCUCUCUCUUUCUCUUACACAUCAUUCUCCCUCUCUGUGUCUCUCUUCCUCGCUCUCUGCAAUUUCUCGACUGAUUGUGAUUCGGUAGCUCUCGUGCUUAAGUGCCCAUACCGUCGUAUUCAUCAUGAGAACAAGACUUCCAUCUACAAGUCCAUCCCUGUUGACACAAGGCGACAAGCUACUUUCGUCUAG